AUGACUACUUCGCGGCCUGCUAAUCGCAUGAAAAGUGCGGUUUCCAUGCUAUUGCUUCUGGCUCUUGUAGCUUCUCUAAUAAAGUUUUGUUUUUGGAUAAUACCGUCAGUAUUGUCAGCGAUUACUUUAAACUAUAACUCACAUGGUUGGGUAAACCCUAAUCUAUACAAAAUAGGAGACCAUGUCGAACUUAUAGUUAAUAAAGUUGAAUCUGACCUUACUCAAUUGCCUUACGCUUAUUAUGAUUUGCCUUUCAUUUGUCCUCCAACCAAAGAAAAGAAACCUUUACAUCUAUCCCUAGAUGAGAUAUUCCGUGGUGAUAGAAAAUGGCAAAGUGACUAUAAGUUGUCGUUUGGAAUUGACAGUCCUUGUGAGAUAUUAUGUGCCAGAAAGACAAAGAAGGAGGGUAUGAUAAAAGCAAAAGAACUUGUUCAACAGGGCUAUGUGACCCAAUGGCUUAUUGAUGAAAGCUUACCAGCUGCAACUACUUUCAUUUCUAGUACAAACCACAAUAAAUACUACGCUGCAGGUUUUCCAGUAGGAUACGUAGACGACCGUACUGGUAAGACAUUUUUGAACAACCAUGUUAUGUUAGUGAUCAGAUACCACCCUGUAUCUGAGGAAGAAUUUACAAUAGUGGGAUUUGAAGUGUAUCCUAAAUCGGUUAGUGACUAUCACUGCCCAGGUGCCAAUAAAAACCAUGAUAAAUAUGAAAUAAUUGUUCCAGAGAAGGAUGAUGAGUUAACGUUUAUACCUUUCACCUACUCUGUUUAUUGGAGGGAAGAAUUUGAAGUUGAUUGGAAUCAUCGCUGGAAUUAUUUUUUGAACAAUGGUGAAUUAUCCAAUUCAAAAGCAAACCAAUUUCAUUGGAUGAGCUUUUUGAAUUCGGUAGGAAUCGCGUCAAUGACCACUACGAUUGUAUCAAUAAUCUUAUUGAAGAUAUUCAGCAAAAAGGAACGGGAAAGUCGUAAUAUAAAUACUUCAACAAAUUUAGGUCAGGACAAUGAAGAUGAUAAUGAUGAUAAAAUAUCUGGCUCUGUAUUUGUUAAUGCCAAGACUUGGAUAACUGUGGGGAAGAUUCCAUAUUGGAAAGCUCUAAUAUGUCUAACUUCUAUGGGUAUCCAAUUCUCAUUUACAAUCCUAGGCUCUUUAAUUAUCUCCUGCUCUUUGAGUAAACUUCAUAAUAUCAGAUUCACUGUGCUAACCAUGUCCCUGAUUUGUUUUAUCUGUGGGGCUGCUAUAUCUGGGUAUAUUGGAUCUAGACUUUACAUUGAAUAUCAAAUUUUAAAGGGAUAUCUAAGAAAUGAAGUGAACAGAACCAAAGUCUACAAGUUUUCAGUAGUUUGUGGAUCUUCUCUUCCAGGUCUAUUGAUGGUAAUCUCCUUCUCAUUGAAUUGCAUAAUUUUGGCACACGACUCUACUAAUGCAUUACCAUUCAAGACUGAGGUAUUCCUUGUAUCUAUAUAUUUUGUGACAUGCAUUCCAUUAAGUCUCUUGGGAGGUGUACUGGCUUUAAAUUGUAAGGUUGACAGUUACAACACAUUGAAAAGAAUUACCUCAUUAAGGAGGAACACUAUUUCAAGGAAAUCUAGGAGUGAUUUUACUAAAAAAGUCUCCUUAUAUCAAAGACUUGUUUUUGACAUCAAACAUGAUUCUUUCACUACUUUUGGCGCCUUAGCGGGUGGGUUUUUCUCUUUCAUCAUUAUUUGGGUUGAAUUGCAGUAUGUUUAUAAAUCAGUAUGGUUAGAGAAGACCAGCUUUUACUAUUAUUAUGGAUUUUUACUUGCAAAUAUUUUGAUACUUUCCAUUGUUACCAUUGAAAUUGCAAUUAUUGGCUGUUACGUUAUGCUAAAAGCUAAAAAUGAUAGAUAUCUACGUCACACCUGGGGAUGGAAGAGUUUUUUAAUGGGUAGUAGUUGUGCCUGGUAUAUGGAAUUAUAUUCUCUUUACUACAUCUUUUUUGUGUUAAACAUGCAAGGGUUCUCAUCUAUAUUCAUUUCUGUUUGUUACAGUCUUCUAUUUAACGGUAUGUGUGGCUGGGCAUUAGGCUCCUUGAGUUAUCUAACCAGUUAUAUGCUUGUCACACAAAUCUAUAAAGUAGACCUUCAGAUAUAA